CCGCGUUACUGCGCACUAUUCCGCCUUAUUGUUUAGUGCGGAAGUGCUGUAGAGCUGGACUACUGACUGUGUCAGUACAUGUCACGAGUGCUUUCAUUCAAACGCACAGGACUGAGGGACAGACAGAAGCUGAAGCAGUGUCAUCUCAGUGACCCCAGGAGAUGCUUUGAGGAUCCUCCAAGGUUGUUCACUUUUGAAGAGGCCAGUGAAGGGAAGAGUGAUGGCAGGAGAGAAGAGUUCUCCAGAUGACAGACACUCUUCCAGAGUCAUUCGGGUGGUGUUUCUGGCUCUUCUACUGGACCUACUGGGGUUCACAGUAAUCCUCCCCCUUCUCCCCUCCAUCUUAGAUCACUACAGUGAAACAGGGGAUAAUGUGUAUCUGUCGCUACAAAGCAUUGUGGACUGGUUCCGGGGCACUGUCGGAGUUCCUUUGGACAGAAAAUACACCAAUGUACUUUUUGGAGGACUGAUUGGCUCAGUCUACUCUUUAUUGCAGUUCAUUUUCUCUCCUGUGAUGGGAGCUGCAUCUGAUCAGCAUGGCAGAAGACCACUGCUACUUUUAACUACUGCAGGGCUGAUUUUCUCCUACAUUCUGUGGGCUGUUUCUCACAGCUUCAGUGUUUUUCUCCUGUCUCGUGUGGUGGGAGGAAUCUGUAAGGGCAACGUCAGCCUCUGCACUGCUGUUGUUGCAGACCUGCCUUGCCCUAAAGCGAGAAACAGAGGAAUGGCAAUGAUUGGUGUUGCUUUCUCUUUGGGCUUCACUCUGGGUCCGUUAAUGGGCGCCUACUUUGCGCUGAGGCCAGUGGACGCUGAGUUGUUUUAUCAAGGCCCUGCUCUACUGGCAGUUCUCUUCUCUGUAGCAGACCUGCUGUUCAUUUUUCUCAUGCUUCCAGAGACUUUGCACAAGGGCACCUCAGAGCCCACAGGUGUUCAGGAGAUAGGAAACCUGCUCAACCCAGUGGCCCUUUUCAACUUCUCUGCGGUCACAAGAACAAAGGAGCCACCCUCCAUACAACGGAUGCGCAACCUUAAGGUACUAGGCUGGGUGUAUUUCGCAUACCUCUUCCUUUUCUCUGGUCUUGAGUUCACACUGAGCUUCUUAACUCAUCAACGCUUCCAGUUCUCCAGCAUGCAACAGGGGAAGAUGUUCUUCUUCAUUGGUAUCACCAUGGCAACAUUCCAGGGAGGAUACGCACGCAGGAUCCAACCAGGUCAGCAGAUCCGGACAGUCCGCAUGGCAAUAUUAUUACUCAUUCCAGCCUUCAUCCUCAUUGGAAUAGCAUGGAAUUUAAUAGUCCUCUACAUCAGCCUGUUUUUGUAUUCCUUUGCUGCUGCCAUUGUUGUGCCGUGUCUUUCAGCACAAGUAUCUGGACACGGCACAGUGAGUCAGAAGGGUACAGUGAUGGGGAUCCUGCGUAGUCUUGGCGCACUGGCCCGAGCACUGGGUCCAGUUCUGGCUUCCUCAGUGUACUGGCUUGCUGGAGCUGAGAUGUGCUUCUUCAUCAGUUCGGCUUUAUUUAUUGUCCCUUUAUUCUUACUGAGCCAACUGGAGCAACACAAAGAGGACUAAGAACACUCAUGCAGCUUUUACUGGAAAUACCUCUUACAAUCUCUUUAUAUAUGGCGUACAUAUAUUUUCUACUUUACUUUUUAUAUACAUUUUUACACAAGAAAACACUGAUAGUGCAAUAUGAUUUGAAAAGACUGCAAUGCAGUAUAACAAUGACCUGGUAUUGUUACACUAUAGGGCUGCAUUAGAUAUUCAUUCACUUUUAUUGCUAAAAUUAAAAACUGUUCUAACUCUAUAACAUCAUGUGGACAGUGUUUUCUAUAGUGGUGUGAACGACGUAGCUAUAAGGCACUCGGUUGCAUUUAUUUUGCAACUACCAGUGUAAGAAAAAUAGCUGGAAGUUGUGAAAAGUUGAUGAGAGAAUUUUUUAUUCUCGCAGGAUGAACUGUUCACAUGUAAAACUACAGACGUUAAAAGUUGACAUACAUACAAACUUGACAUUGUCAAGAAGUUCGUAGUGGAAAUUCCGCCUCUUUUCAGUGUGUCAGAUCAUUUGGCUGAGCUUACCAACAAGACCAAUAAGAGCAGCUUCCAAACAGUUCAUUGCAAUUUUUGUUCUCCAGUGAGAAUCAUUUUAUUUCGAAUAACGUGUUGUGUGCAUGGUGACCUGCAAUGGACUGGCGUACCAUCCAGGGUGUAUUUCCUGAGUGUUCCUGAGAAAUGCUCCGGAUCCACCACCCUGACCAGGAUAUAGCGCUUUCUGAAGAUGAAUAAAUGCACACUAACAAACAGUUAAGAUGUUGACACAAGGAAGUCAUUUCGAAAUUACACUGCAAGAGUAAAGGCAUUGGUUACAUCUACAAAAAAGAAGAAAACGCAGCUCAAUAUGUGAGCUGGCACUCUAUGUUCAGUUAAAUAUACCAGAAACUGAAUCAGGCUUCACAACAGUCUACUAGUUUCACUUCCAAACUUGUAAAUGGAAGAAUAAGAAGAAAAUGCAGGUAUAUCGAAUUACCUCCUCUUGGCAAAAUAGUUAUUUUACCCUUAUAAAAUUGAGUAUAUUCCUGAAGGUGCCAAAGGAAUUGUAUUUUCAAGGAGUGAAAAUAAUGUAAGACUAUAUAUCUGUCAUUUCCUAGAUCUCCUUAAGGAAAAGAAGUACAAGGUUGAAAUUAAAUUUAGACUGCAAUAACCGUUAUUAUAAUUAAAUUGAAAGCGCAAUUCAUGCAUUCUUCAACUGUAAUCAUAUUCAACCAUUCUGCUGUUCUCUAAACACAAAAAUAUAUUAUUAUACCACCAUUUUCCACAGAUAAUAUGUGAUGCACAUUGUGAACAAGAAUAGUUUUAGUUAUCUUAUUGAUAUUAGCCAAAUAUUUUAAUCAUAAAGGUGAUUUUAUGAAUCAACAUCAAACAUUUCUUUAAAAAAAAUUAACUGACCUUGUUUUACGUUUUGUCCAAAUUGAUGGAAAGUAAACAAAUCCAGAAAUUGUGUAAUCUAUUCCCUCUAUAUCAUUUUAUAUGAACCCCUUACAUUUCGUUUGUUUUUGUUUAUUCUUACAUUUUGUUAUUUGUUUAAUUUUUUUGUUAUUAAAAACAGUUGUACCAAAUGUACA